AAGCAUCUGCAGAGACAACAUCAAACGACUAAGCAAAAUACAUCAUAAGAUAUGGCAUUCGACGCUUAUUUCCUUUUGGGCCUCAUAGCUCUUGUUCUUGUUAGCACUUCCAAAGUUACAUGCGAAUUAGAAGCAGAUACAGUUUCACCUGUUAUUGACAUUUCACUCAACCGGAACAGUUUCCCAGAAGGGUUCAUCUUUGGGGCGGGAUCUUCCUCGUACCAGUUCGAAGGUGCAGCAAAUGAUGGUGGUAGAGGACCAAGCGUAUGGGAUACCUUCACCCAUAAUUAUCCUGGUAAGAUCAUUGAUAGAAGCAACGGAGACGUGGCAAUUGACUCAUAUCACCACUACAAGGAAGAUGUUGGGAUGAUGAAGGAUAUGAAUUUGGAUUCAUAUAGAUUUUCCAUUUCUUGGUCAAGAAUUCUCCCAAAAGGAAAGCUAAGUGGAGGUAUAAAUCAAGAAGGAAUCAACUAUUACAACAACCUUAUUAAUGAGCUAAUGGCUAAUGGUAUACAACCACUUGUUACUCUUUUUCACUGGGAUCUUCCCCAAGCAUUAGAGGAUGAGUACGGUGGCUUCUUAAGUCCACGCAUAGUGAAAGAUUUUCGAGACUAUGCGGAUCUUUGUUUCAAGGAAUUUGGUGAUAGGGUGAAGCAUUGGGUUACUUUGAACGAGCCAUGGAGUUACAGCCAAAAUGGCUAUGCAAAUGGACGAAUGGCACCGGGUCGUUGUUCUGCAUGGAUGAAUUUGAAUUGUACUGGUGGCGAUUCUUCAACGGAGCCUUAUUUGGUUACACACCAUCAACUUCUUGCUCAUGCAACCGCUGUUCGUGUGUAUAAGACCAAGUAUCAGGCAUCUCAAAAAGGUUUGAUUGGUAUAACCUUAGUAGCUAAUUGGUUUUUGCCGUUGAGAGAUACCAAAUCUGAUCAAAAGGCUACCGAAAGAGCAAUUGACUUCAUGUAUGGAUGGUUUAUGGAUCCGUUAAUAUCUGGAGACUAUCCAAAAAGCAUGCGAUCUUUAGUCAGAACAAGAUUGCCAAAGUUUACUACAGAGCAAUCGAAACUACUUAUCAGUUCAUUUGAUUUUAUUGGUCUAAACUAUUACUCUACAACAUAUGCUUCUGAUUCACCUCAACUAAGCAAUGCCAGGCCUAGCUACUUAACAGAUUCUCUUGUCACUCCUGCAUAUGAACGUGAUGGGAAACCUAUAGGAAUAAAGAUUGCUUCUGAUUGGCUAUAUGUUUAUCCAAGAGGAAUUCGUGACCUUUUAUUGUAUACCAAAGAAAAAUACAACAAUCCUUUGAUUUACAUCACUGAAAAUGGUAUAAAUGAGUAUGAUGAACCAAUAUUAUCACUUGAAGAAUCUCUUAUGGAUACCUUCAGAAUUGAUUAUCAUUAUCGUCAUCUCUUUUAUCUUCAAUCUGCAAUUAGGAAUGGCGCAAAUGUUAAAGGAUAUUAUGUAUGGUCUUUGUUCGACAACUUUGAGUGGUCUUCAGGCUAUACAUCGCGAUUUGGAAUGAUUUUUGUGGACUACAAAAAUGAAUUAAAGAGAUACCAAAAACUCUCUGCAUUAUGGUUUAAGAAUUUUCUGAAGAGAAAAACCAGACUUUAUGCCUCUAGUAAAUAGUAUUGUGAAGUUAGUUUAUCAAAUGAUUAUAUUGGUAAAUUGAUUAUUGAUUUUUAUUUAUUAUUCUUUUAUUCAAAAGAGGUCCUAUUGGACUUAUUGGGGAAAUAGAGAUUUGUUAGAUUUUUUUUUUCUCUAAAGAGGUCCUAUCGGACUUAGAAGGAAAUAGAGAUAUAUUUGAUCAUUCUUUCAUUCUAAAGAGGUCCUAUUAGACUUAGAAGGGAAAUAGAGAUGUAGAUUUGUUGAUAGUUGCUGCUAAUGUUACAGUAAUAAGAAGGAAAGAAACGUUAUGAAUGUUAUGAUAAAUAUGUCAUUUACAAUUGAUUAUAUUUGUUUAUUUGCUGCAUC